AUGCUUGAGACUCAGAUCUCGCAAGUAGCUCAAACACAAGCUACACAAACUACACCUGGAGGAAAGUUCCCUAGACAAACUCAACCAAAUCCUAGGGGUCAAGCGAAUGCCAUUACCUUAAGAAGCGGAACCACUUACGAUGGACUUAGAAACCCAAUGUUAAGCACACCCGAGAAACUUAAGGAGAAUGUCACACCCAUGGACCAAGUAGAGAAACCAGAGAAAUCUGUAAAGCAAACAAACCAAGGAGUAGAAAUAAAAUAUAAGGAUUAUACACCACCACCACCACUCGACGAUCCUAAACCUUUAGAAUGCAACUUCAUUUCCAAAAAUAAACUUGCCAAGAAAGAAAAGGACCCUGGAAGUUUCUCCAUUCCUUACAUCUUAGGAAAUCAUAUGAUCGAUAAAGCUUUCUUAGACCUAGGAGCAAGCGUAAGUUUAAUGCCUUUGGCGGUUUGUAAGAGGUUAAACUUAGGGGAACUUCAGUCGACCAAAAUGUCAUUACAAUUAGCUGAUAGAUUUGUCAAAUACCCUAUGGGGAUAUUAGAAGACAUACCAGUUAAAAUAAGUCAGCUGUAUAUCCCAACUGAUUUCAUAGUAAUGGAUAUCAAAGAAGAUGACGAAAUCUCGAUUCUCCUAGGAAGACCAUUCUUCUCAACAUUCGGAGCCAUAAUUGAUGUUAAAAAAGGAAAUUUAACAUUUGAAGGAGGAGAUGAAAAGAUAUAA